AAAGGCGGCGGGCCCGGCCCAGCGAGCUGACAGCCGCGCUCACACACCCAGCCUGGCCCGACGCCGCCAUGAGCGCCGCGCUCUUCAGCCUGGACGGCCCGGCGCGGGGCGCGCCCUGGCCCGCGGAGCCGGCGCCCUUCUACGAGCCUGGCCGGGCCGGCAAGCCGGGCCGCGGAGCCGAGCCGGGGGGCCUGGCCGAGCCGGGCGCCGCUGCCCCCGCUAUGUACGAUGACGAGAGCGCCAUCGACUUCAGCGCCUACAUCGACUCCAUGGCCGCCGUGCCUACCCUGGAGCUGUGCCACGACGAGCUCUUCGCCGACCUCUUCAACAGCAACCACAAGGCGGGCGCGGCGGGCGCGGGCGCCCUGGAGCUCCUGCCCGGCGGCCUCGCGCGACCCCCCGGGCCGGGCCCCGCCGCCCCGCGACCGCUCAAGCGCGAGCCCGACUGGGGGGACGGCGACGCGCCCGGCUCGCUGCUGCCGGCGCAGGUGGCCGCGUGCGCGCAGACCGUGGUGAGCCUGGCGGCCGCCGCGCAACCCACACCACCCACGUCGCCGGAGCCGCCGCGCUGCAGCCCCGGGCCGAGCCCCGCGCCCGGCCCGGCCCGGGAGAAGGGCGCCGGCAAGAGGGGCCCGGACCGCGGCAGCCCGGAGUACCGGCAGAGGCGCGAGCGCAACAACAUCGCCGUGCGCAAGAGCCGCGACAAGGCCAAGCGGCGCAACCAGGAGAUGCAGCAGAAGCUGGUGGAGCUGUCUGCCGAGAACGAGAAGCUGCACCAGCGCGUGGAGCAGCUCACGCGGGACCUGGCCGGCCUCCGGCAGUUCUUCAAGCAGCUGCCCAGCCCGCCCUUCCUGCCGGCCGCGGGGGCCGCGGACUGCCGGUAACGUGCGGCCCGGGCAGGAGAGACUCACCAACGACCGAUACCUCAGACCCGAUGGGCCGGAGCGGAGCGCGCCCUGCCGGAUGCCGCGAGGGCCGCCCGGCGUCGGCUACAGUUUCUUUGGGACUUAUGAGCGAAAGGAAGCUUCAGCCUGGACUUACCACCACUGAACUUCGAGAAAAGCUAUACGUGUUUAUUUUCCCUUAAAUUAUUUUUAUAAUGGUAGCUUUUUCUACAUCGUACUCUUAUUGAUUGCAGCUAAGGUACAUUUGUUAAAAAACCAAAACUUUUCAGACAGACCCUUUGUAUUGUAGAUAAAAAGACGGAGCAUGCUCACUUUUUUGUAUUAAUUUUUACAGUGUUUGUAAGAAUAAAGAAGCAUUUAAAACCA